UAAAAGGAGAUAGAUAAUGGAUCGUGUGGUAGGUGGUAAGUUCAAGCUCGGACGAAAGCUUGGAAGUGGUUCCUUUGGUGAAAUUUUCCUUGGAGUGAAUGUACAAACUGGAGAAGAAGUGGCUGUUAAGCUCGAACCUCUCCGAGCUAGGCAUCCUCAGCUUCAUUACGAGUCAAAGCUUUAUAUGCUUCUCCAAGGAGGAACUGGUAUUCCUCACAUCAAAUGGUUUGGGGUUGAGGGUGAAUUCAACUGUAUGGUGAUCGACCUUCUUGGCCCUAGUAUGGAGGAAUUUUUCAACUAUUGCAGUCGAUCUUUCACUCUAAAGACUGUUCUCAUGCUCGCUGACCAGAUGAUUAAUAGAGUCGAGUAUAUGCAUGUACGAGGGUUUCUUCAUCGUGAUAUUAAGCCAGAUAACUUUUUGAUGGGUCUUGGACGCAAAGCAAACCAGGUGUACAUCAUUGACUAUGGGCUUGCGAAAAAGUAUAGAGAUCUUCAAACACACAAGCAUAUUCCAUACAGGGAAAACAAGAAUCUUACAGGGACAGCUCGAUAUGCAAGUGUCAAUACCCAUCUUGGAAUUGAGCAAAGCAGAAGGGAUGAUCUUGAAUCUCUUGGCUAUAUGCUUAUGUAUUUUCUUCGAGGAAGCCUCCCUUGGCAAGGCCUUCGUGCAGGCACCAAAAAGCAGAAGUAUGACAAGAUCAGUGAAAAGAAGAGGCUUACACCAGUGGAGGUCCUUUGUAAAAGCUAUCCACCUGAGUUCACAUCGUAUUUUCUCUAUGUGCGUUCAUUACGGUUUGAAGACAAACCAGAUUAUUCAUACCUAAAGAGGCUUUUCAGAGAUCUGUUUAUCCGAGAAGGUUAUCAAUUUGACUAUGUAUUCGAUUGGACAAUAUUGAGGUAUCCACAGUUUGGCUCCAGUUCCAGCUCCAAUUCCAAACCAAGACCAAGCUUAAGACCUGCUAUGAAUUAUCCAGUACCAUCUACCGACAAAGCGGAGAAGCCUUCAAUUGGGCAGGACAGUCGCGAGAGGUUCUCAGGUGUUUUCGAGGCAUACACUAUAAGAAAUGGUUCAGGAACUGGCGUUCAAGCUGAUCGAUCUAGUAGACCAAGAACCUCGGAGAAUGUUCUUGCAUCCAAGGAUACGCAAAACCAGGAGAGGCCAAUCUCUUUAUCUAGGAACCAGAGUUUAACAAGAAAAGCAGUUGCUGGGUCAAGUGUUCGAGCCACUUCCUCGGCUGAUUUCACAGAGAAUCGAUUGAGUAGACUCGUCCCAAACAAUGGUCGGUCCUCUACAACUCAGAGGACCCAGUUCGCUUCUUCAUCCUCAUCUUUAGCUAUGAAGGCUGCUCCAGCAAGAACUGCUCGUGACAUUACGCUCCAGAGCCUCGAGCUCCUCAGUAUUGGGAACAGCAAGAGGAAGUGACUGGCUGAAAUUUGCAUCCCGCCAGAUUCACAGUUGGUUCAUAUUUUUAUCCAUCUUUGUUUGAGAAAUUAUUAUUAAGGAAGAAACAUACAUGAUUUGUUUAAAGAUAUGUGAUAUAUAUAAUUUAUACAUGGCUUUACUUUAUACGAUCAUCAGUGUUGUUCAUAUGUAUUUUGUUUAAUUUAUAUAUUUCUCUAUA